AGGAGCUCAGUGUAACAGCUGCCGAAUGAACUCAAGGGAGCACCAACAGCUGCAGCUGGCCAGUGGAAAAGGGUUCCAAGCCAAGGACCUAAUUGGCCAGGGGUGGAGCAGCCCUGGAAGAUCACCACUGAGGUGCUUGAGCUCCUAGAUUACUGGAUGUUAGCUACUGUUCGUAGAAUUCAAUGCCAAGGACGUGUUAAUAAUCACCACAAGUCCCAUUUGCCAAAGGAUUUUCCUCCCCAUCAACCUCCCCCCCCCUUCCAGGUUGAAGAUAAUGGAUACAGACACCUCAUUCCCAAAUGCAGUGGCAAAAUCUAUCCAGAUAACUGAAGAUGCCAUUUUGGCUGCAGUUAAGACAUUGGAAGACUUAGAUAACCCAGUCAAAAACAUACAGUGGAUGGCAUGUAAGGACUUCACAGUGGACUUGGGCCGACAGCAGAUUGAAGAAUACAUCUCAACAUGGGAAUUUCAUGAGAGCUGGCUGCACUGGUCUGACUACUUGGAUAAGGAAGAACUGGAAUUCAGCAUUCGCUACCAUUACAGGGUGCGCUGGAGCAUCCCUACAUCCCGCAAGCCCAUCCCUCGGGCUACUGCCUGUGUUUACUUUCUCAUUGAGAUCUCCAAGAUCAAGCCCAAAAGUUUACCAGUUGAAGUAUUUUAUGUCCUGGAAUCCAACAGAUAUAUUCACAGACCAGGAAAAUCUCGAUUCCGAGAAAAGUGGCUGAAGGACAUCAUUGAAAGCAAGAUUAUCCUAAUGAACAGCAUUAGCUUCUAAUUCAACGAUUCACGGUGGGUUUGGGGUUUUCAGGACUGG